AUGGCCACGGAAGCUUCUAUCGCGGAAGAGCUCCUAAAGAGGCCGCUGUAUGUGUAUGAUCUUCCGCAGGAACUACUCGCAACAUUAAGCGCCAAAAGCGAGGACGAUGCGAUAAAUACAUCAGAUAAUGCAGUUAAUACCCCUGAAAGGUCCGAAGAUACUGCACAAGAAUACGCGGUUGCGACAUCUGCCUCAUGCAAUCUCUGCAAUGUGUCUUUCUUGAAUGUCCAAGAGCAGCGGGGCCACGUCCGUUCAGAUCACCAUCGAUACAACCUUAAGGCCCAACUUCGAGGCAAUUCCACAUUGAACGAGGUUGAGUUCAAUAAGGCGGUUGGGGAGCUGGAUGAAUCGAUUUCUGGAUCCGAGUCGUCAUCGGAAGAGGACGAAGAUGACGGGACGCAGCUCACUGCCUUGUUGAAAAGGCAAGCGAAGAUCUCGCAAACAGGUGAAGAGGAGGAUGCGCCAUCGAAGAAGCGGACUGGAAAGAAUCCUUUAUUCUGGCUUUCGAGCUCCCUUCUACCUUCCAACACUUCGUUAGGUGUAUAUAGGGCUUUGUUCUCAGAUGCUGAACAGGAAGAGCCUAGAUACCUUGUUGAUUCUCUCCAGAAGAAACAACAAGCUCCCAUCAACACGCCACGGAAUAAUAGUCGGGCUCAGGGGCCUUCUGCAUCAUCUAGCCCACAUGUAUUCCUGUGCAUGAUUGGUGGUGGUCACUUUGCGGCAAUGAUCGUUUCCCUGGCCCCUGAGAUUCAUCGCAAACAAGGGGGCGUGGAAGAGAGGCAGGCACGAGUGAUUGCGCACAAGACUUUCCAUCGUUAUACAACUAGGCGAAAACAGGGAGGAUCGCAAUCCGCCAGCGAUGCUGCUAGAGGAGCUGCACAUUCAGCUGGUUCUAGCCUAAGGCGUUACAACGAGGCUGCGCUGGAGAAAGAGAUUAGAGAACUGUUAUCAGAAUGGAGGAAAAUGAUCGAUGAUGCCCAAUUGCUAUUUGUUCGUGCCACAGGCAGCACAAACCGGCGGAUUUUGUUCGGCCAGUACGAUGGCCAAGUUCUGAGACAGAACGAUCCUAGGCUGAGAGGGUUUCCCUUCAGCACACGCCGCGCUACUCAGGGAGAACUCAUGAGAUGCUUCAAGGAACUGACUCGCGUGAAAGUGAGUCAGAUCGAUGAAGCCGCCCUUGCAGCAGCUGAGGCCAAACAACGCGAAGAAACAUCAAAGCCAUCUACUCCCCGGCCUCAACAGCAAAAGCCGAAAGUAUCCAAGGAGGACGAAGCUGCUAUGCUUCAUACAACCCAAAUACAGGCACUCAUCCGCCGCUCCAAAAUCCCAGCAUUGAUGUCCUAUCUCUUUAAGAACUCGAUUCCCUCUUCCUUCACAUUCCAUCCCUCAGAUUCUCAGCAGAACUUCCGUUGUCCUACUGCUCUUCAUCUCGCUUCAAACCUUAAUUCGCCAGCAAUGAUUUCCGCCCUUCUUACCAAAGCGGAGGCAGAUCCAACAACCACCAAUGGCGAAGGGAGAACACCCUUCGAGCUUGCAGGUGACCGGGCCACACGUGAUGCCUUCCGCGUCGCUCGUCACGAACUUGGCGAGUCGAAAUGGAAUUGGGAUGCAGCCAAGGUGCCAUCGGCAAUUUCAAAAGCCGACGUCGACAGCAGGGCUGAAAGGGAGCGAAAAACUGCAGAGGAAGAGGAGAAAAAUCGACGCAAAGCUGAAUUACACCGCUUGAAGAUGGAGGAUGCCGCCAAGGAAGCUUUACAAGCAAAGCGUUCGGGUGGUAGAGCCUUAGGAUCCGUAGAGAAGACGGCCUCCGAGAAAAGAGAGGAAGAGGUGCGUGGCAUGACGCCAGAAAUGAGGAUGCGGUUGGAGAGAGAGCGUCGGGCACGGGCAGCUGAAGAACGUAUUAAGCGGAUGCAAAGCAAGCAAUGA